AUGGAAGAACAUGAAAGUCAGGUCCUCCAGGUUGAAUGUAGCAUGGAAUGCUCUCUGCUUGGUGAACAAGAGCAAAGUCACUCAGCAGGUACUGAUAUAGUUCUUGGUAGAUGGUAUUUAUUAUAGAAUUGCAUAAUUGAGUAAAAUCACGCAUUCUGAUUGGUUAACGAAGAGAGGUAUUCAGUGUGGAAUUGCGAGUUGAAAACGAGGCUAAGGGAUGUUUUUUCGCAUCUGCGUAACAACUAUCGUCAAAUUGUAACACAACAACUGCAAAAAAGGUUUUCUGCGAUGUCAUUUUAAAAUGUUUUCAAAAUCAUUGUCACCUUUUGUAUAUCCUUUCUUAACAUACUGUAAUGUCGCCUGGUCCUCCACCUACUGUUCCAGCCUAAACUGUAUUUACCUUUUGCAAAAGCGUCUAGUGCGGCUCAUAACAAAAGCUCACUAUCUAGCAAAUACCGCCCCUUUGUUUAGCCAGCUUAAAGUCCUUGACAUAUUUAGUAUUAAUUCAUUUUCUGUCACUACUUUUAUGUAUUGUUAUCACCAUAAUCUUUUGCCGAGUAGCUUUCGAGCUGGCUACUCUAAAACUUCUGGAGAACACUGAACAAUAGAAAUAUAUAAGAACCAAUGAGCCUCAGGUGUCACAAUCUGCUUGCUUAUCUUCGUAGCCAUGGAAGAACAUGAAAGUCAGGUCCUCCAGGUUGAAUGUAGCAUGGAAUGCUCUCUGCUUGGUGAACAAGAGCAAAGUCAAUCAGCAGGUACUGAUAUAGUUCAUGGUAGAUGGUAUUUAUUAUAAAACUUAAUAAUAUACAUGGAAAAAUUUCUUGAAUGAGAUUGGCUUAGAGCAGUGCAGUUUUUAGUAAACACAGUAAAAAAACAAGGAAACAUAAUGCAAAAAUAAGGAAAUAAAGUGCAAAUUUCUCAGAGAAUGAAAACCUGUGAACAAUCAGUGUUCUCCAGAAGCGCAGGCGACUGGUGGUUUUGCUGCCUACUCUUAUGACUCAAAACAGUAAAAAAAACUGUCUGUACCUUUUAUCUUGAAUUUUUCAGAAGGUCCUAAAAGAAACAAAAACAAUAACUUGUCGUACAAAAAGCUCUUUUGCUAAUGGUGUUAUCGAUAUAUUUACUGAAUGAUUUUUGAUGAGACAUUGCCAGAUAAUAUUUUUAAUUGUAAAAUAUCUAAGACAGUACAUGCAUUCUGAUUGGUUAAAACCAAUAGUUUAUUGUGCUGGUAAUCUCAUAGUAAACUGAAACAUGCUUUAAAGUUAUUUUAUAAAAGUAAAAGACCACAUUUUCUAUGGAUUUACCAGCAUGAUAACUCACUUGGUUCUUGGGAGAACUCUGGAAAAGCUUAUAAAUCCCGAGUUAAACUUCUCAGAUCUCUGGGCUUAAUGUCCCCAAACCCCUCCCUUAGAUACAGUACUCUCGCUUUAUCAGUGCUUGGUGUCAGGCACCAGUUUCUUUUGCUUUGGAAGCUGGCUACUCUAAAACUUCUGGAUAACACUGAACAAUAGAAAUGUAUAAGAACCAAUCAGCCUCAGGUGUCACAAUCUGCUUGCCCAAUUUAUUAAGAUUAUAUCUUAUCUUCUUAGCCAUAGAAGAACGUGAAAGUGAAGUCCUCCAACUUGAAUGUAGCAUGGAAAGCUCUCUGCCAGGUGAACAAGAGCAAGGUCAUUCAGCAGGUACUGAUAUAAUAAUUAUUGAUUACAGAAGAUGAUAUUUAUUAUGAAAGAUAAUAAUAUACAUGGAACAAUUUGUUGAAAGUGAUUGUCUUAGAGCAGUGCAAAUUUUAGUAAACACAGUGCAAAAAUGAGGAAAAAUUAUGCAAAUAAGAAUAAAAAAAUAUUUUCUCAGAGAAUGAAAAAAAUUAAUGUGAUUAGCUAAUAAACAAUAGAAAUAUAUCAGAACCAAUCAGGUACCACAAUCUGCUGGUCACCCCGUGGGAAGCCAGGUAGGUAACUUGACGAGUGGAAAAAUAGCUGGCAUACAAAGCAAAAUUUAGUUCUGUUAUGACAAAGUACUAUUGAACAAUUGAAAACAAAAAUCAAAUAUAAACGUUGUAAACAGGACUAUAUAUUGAUUUGAUGUUUGAAGCUAUUGUACAAAGAGAAAGGAUUUUCAGAGAAAAUUGAGAGUUUCUAGGAUGCCAAACCCAACAAACUGCUUAGUGGAGUCCUUCUACAUCAAGACUCAUGAGUAAUAUAAACAAACAAGUGGGCAACUGUGUGCCCAAAAUGGUCUGAAAAUUAAUUAUUAUGACAGCUAUGGACACGCAUUGAAAGAGUUAAGGAUACACCUGUCCAUAACUAAGGACAAACAAUUCAGUUCCUUGAUUUUGAGAUGCUAAAAUAAAAGCGAAACAACUAAGUAUGUUGCAAAAUUAAAGCAUACAAAGGCAGGAAAGUACAUGUAAAUUAUUUCAUGUGUAUUAUUAAAAAGUAAUCAUAUGACUUUUCUCACUCAAUGUGGAAUUUAUUUGCACUCAUGUGUUUUUCAAAAAGCUCAAAUUGCAUUUGCCCUUUAAUUUAAGGCUCAUUCAGUUUUGAUAUUUUUUGAAAAAUGGAAAUUGAACUCAAAGGCGAGUGACUACUUAUGCAAACACUCAUGCCCCAUUCACACGCUACCCAUUCACACCAACUAAACAUGUAUUAAAAUGAAAAACAGACACAGAAAAUUGGACCUCAGAUUCUCACACAGGAUUCAAAAUAAUGACCUUCAACCAUUCUGGUAAUUUGCAAGAAACUUAGUCAGUAUUGAAAAAGCAGCUAUUAUAAAGCAAACAAUUUUAACUUUGUUUAAGCUUUGGUGUGAAUGGGGUUAAGUAUUUUGUGGAAUAUAAAUGAAGAAGAAAAGGGGAAACAAAUGAUAACAAUAUUUGUAGUGAAUCAUGAAAACAAAUGCCUGUAUAAGAUCCUUGCAAAUAAGGGAGCGGACAUGCGGACAAAAGUACAACCACUUAAGGAUAGCUCCAAGGUGAGAAUAGGUUCAAAAUAGUUGUAGCACAGCAUGAAGGUCCUUUCUACAAGUACAAUUUGUAGCAGUUUUCUUUAUAAAAUGAGAUAAUGUUAGUAAAGCAUGUGAUAGUCAAGAUCUAUACAUUACAUCAAAAGACUGAUGACUGAUUUAUGAAAUCUCAGUCAGUAGUUAUCACCACUUAGAAAACGAUUUUCAAGCCUUGUUCUUUUAUCUAAGGUUUGGAAAAAUACUGUGUAUUUCCUUUUUGAAAUCAGGUUCUGAAAUCAGUAACACAAGCACCAUUAGGUAGGCAGGCUGUAGCCUGCAUAGCCCAAGAGUCACAAUUCUAUUAAUUCUUCUUCUGUAAUUGAAUACCCCAAACAACUUCACUUAUCCCUCAGGCAUGCUAAAAAUAGAGUCCACUAGUGCCACUAAGCUUAUAUUGUGUAGUUGGUAAAUAAAGAUAAUUCAUUUACUAGGAGAAGAGAUGGAAAGGGACACCCUUGUACUAGAAAAUGCCCCAAUCGAGGAAGCAAGCAACGUGCAGGAAACACAGCAACCUCUUCCAGAAGUAAAUAAUAGUAGCCACCUAGAAGAUGACCGCCUUAUUGCUAGAGCAAGGGCAGUUGGUGUGGACUAUGAGUUUGCAAAGCCUGGUGAAGUGGAAACGGAGGAUGACAUGAGAAAAAGACAGCGGCGAAACCAAAGAAGAAUAUCAGAACAAGAGAAAAGGUUGCGUGAAGCUGUUGGAGAUCUACCACCUCCUCCACCUGCAGGGUCAAGUCAGCAAGAAGAUAAUGCGUACAGUGCUAUUCGUGCAUUUGAGGUGGAGCAGAUGACUUAUGCAUUCUUUUUUUGUGAGGUCUGCAAGGAAAGGCGAUUGGAGUGCAAGGGCACCAGAAACAUGUGUACUCGCUGCAGAAGAGAUAAGAAGGUGCCAAAAGUUUGGUCUGGUGAGAAUAACAUGGAUCCAAUGGCUGUUCCUGAGAUUUUGUCUAACAUGUCAGAUGCUGAACAGAUGCUGAUAGCCAGGCUAGCACUUACUGUGCAUGUACACCUACUGAAGCAUGGAGGUAUUGCCUCAAAGGGACAUUGCAUUGCUUUCCCACAGGCUGUGCAAGAACCAGCCACUAUUCUUCCACGCCUACCAGCAGAGGUGGAUAUCAUACGCGUGAGAAGACAAGGAAAAGAUGAUACCCAUAAGGACUUCAGGGUUAGAAGACACCGUGUUGAAGGAGCCCUUCGUUGGCUCAAGGACAACAAUCCUGCUUAUGGUGAUGUUGUUAUUGAUGGCGCCGCAGACAGAGAAUUUACCAGAAGAUGGUGA